UGUCGCAAAUUUCAUCUAAUGCUUAGCCCUCAAUAUGAAAUCAUGACAUUUGCUUUCAAUUCGCCAUCGGUUGAGGGCAAUCAAACAGACUUUCUCAGCAUCAACUAAACUUGGAUCCUUCCAGUUUCUAUCCGUAGCUAAUUAAAAUGUCCGCAGAACCUAUCCUUAGCGGCAGCGAUCUGACAGAGGAGAUAACUGAGCUACGGGAAGAAGUGCUGGCGUACAAACCAGGCAAUGUAUCAACAUGUGCAGAUAAAAUAGAUUUUCCGGAACAACUGCAUAUAGGGCUCUUUGGCCGGACAGGAUGCGGAAAGACGUCACUGAUCAAUUCACUCAAGUUUGCUGCCCAUGGCAAACUGCGACGAUCACAAUGGCAGCAGGCUGCGGGCCAGGAGAAGGCUGGAGGACACACCAUGUUCAGAAAGCUAGCUGAUAUUACCAAGAAGAUUUUUGUGAUUGACAACCGAGGUCUUGAUGAACCAAAUACAGAAAAAGCGAUUACUGAACUAGCCUUACAAUUGGAUGGAAACCGAGGUUACUCAGAGAGUGUCGAGUGGCAGGGAGCUAGUGAUGGGAAUGAUACCGAUGAUACAGAGGAUGAAGACCUGGAUCUAAGCGGACUUGAUCUCAACAUGGGACAUCCAAUUGGCUGCGCUAUCUUUGUUUUUAGCGCACGGCAUGACUUGGAUAGUAAUACUAAUGGACUAGCUGAGGUCAUUGACUUUCUACAUAGCCAUCAGGGACGCUACCCGGUGGCUAUCAUAACUCAUGUUGAUGUCGCUGAGAGAAACCACGUGGAGGAUCUCAAGACCGUCCUGCGGGUCUCUGGAGUAAGCGACAUUUUCGAAGUGGCAAACCUAACCACUGAGAAGAAAUUACUGGAGGAGCCCUACCAGCACAGUCUGCUCUCUCUCCUGGAGCGGUGUAUGACGGAUGGAGAUGAGACUCUCAUCUUCAAGCAUUACCAGCGCAAGGAGCAACAGCGCAAGAAGGAGAUUGAGAGGAGGCGGGAAGAGAAGAGACGUAAGCAAGAGGAGGAGCGAAUAGCAGAAGAAUGUCGACAAAUGGCUGAGAAGGAGCGCAUCGAGAGGGAGAAUCAGAUGAGAAGGGAGUUGGAGGACCAAAGGCUUGCGAUUAAGAGGGAACGGGAAGGGGCUGAGAAGCAGGCGAGAGAAAUACAGGAGCGAGAGAGGGAUCGACGCUAUCAAGAAGCCAUUGCAAGGGUAGAGGCGGAAAAGCAGGUGGAGAUCCGCCGAAUCAUGGAAGCUAAUAAGAAAAAAAAAGGAAUUUGUGAAAUAAUGUAAUGCAAGCUGCUGUCAUGUAGAGAUUAAUACAUGAAUAUAAUGCCCGUUGUGAGAGAGAUAAUAGGGACUUUUAGAUUUGCGUGCACUGAUACGUGGUACUUCCAUUCACGGCAGUGCUUUAAAAGGACGUCGAUCGUAGCAUAGACCUAUUGUCUUUGUGCAAAUCUAAAAGUCCCUAUUAUUAGCCUGACGUAGACUGACUGUGUCAACGACUGGCGCAGUCCAUGAUACGCCAUACAUGACUGUGAGGGAAACAUCGUAAAAGAUGAUUGCAAAAUCGAUAAACAGUGCACCCACUGUCGUAAUUAGUAACUGGCUUCACAUUCUUAACUAGGGGAAAGCAAUAACGCGAUCAAACGAUGCGACGUCUCGUGUACAGUCGACAUAUUACGUUUCAACGUAUACACAACCUUUCUCCAGGUAAAAAUAAAUAUAUAAACAAAGUUUCAAACAAAUCAGUCAUUUGAAUCAUUUAAACAUAUUGUAGUUACUUUUAUGAUGAGGCAAUUUGUUGCAUCCAUACCGAAAUGCCUAGAGCAUGCUGCAGGAAUACCCGGUCUUAUCUCAAUGCAAAAGAGACAUGGCCCUAAAUCAAGAUGGGAACCACUGACAGGAUUUCGUCACAGAUGGCACCCAACUUGAAUCAAGUUAAAGACUUCUAAGUAUCUUGUUUACCUUUGUAGCUGUUAGCAUGACGGAAUUUCUAACACGCAAGGCAUAAGAUUACGUGCCAAAAAACUCACAAUCUAAUAUGCAGCAAGUACUGAGUUAUCCUUCUUUUAGAGCCCGUGUCGAAAACAUACUUCUCUAUAAUGGGGCCAAAUCGACCAAAUGAAUCACAACGUGUUUAUAGAAUAUCAGUGGUUGUACUCAGGGACCAGAACCAGUCUUUACGUGGUCUCCAGACACAGACUUUAAGUUGACACUUUAUCCAAAAUCCUAAAGCCUUGGGCAGAGCCUAGCUAUGUCAAUUUCCGGCUAAGAGACAGACCCUAUUGUAGUUUCAUAAUGCAGACAACGUUAUGCACAACGACUGACAAGUGUUUCUGCGUGCAAACUAUAUAGUCUUUACGGGGGAGGUGGGGGAAAGUGCGACCAGGUUGACUCCAAUUGCUCCAAGUGUCCAGUAAAAAUGGGCUGCACAUAAAACCAUUGUUUAUAAUUAUAUCUUGAUUAUACUUCUUACACAUGUAUUUGAUAUCAAUAUUUGACACGAUGAUUAUCCUCCAUGGAUUUCUCUAUGUGUAUAUUAUGUUGAUUGUCUAUUAGAAUCGGUGUUUCAUAUAAUCAUAUCUUAUAGUGAAUGUAUCCUUACCAGUUUUCAGAUGUAUUAGACAUUGGCUGCCUUUCACAAACUCUCAUAAUAAAUCAAAUAAUUAAAUAAAUAGAUAAAUGAAUAAGUAUUAUAUUAUCUGUAUGUACCGUCAAAGAAAAAAUGUCGAGCUUCUUCACGAACUUUUUUGUAAAUUUGUUUGUUUUGUAUAUACAUUUCGCAUUACUCAUUUGCUACGAUGAGAGCCAUUAACAAAAAAGUUUGCACACCUGAAUACAUAAUAUCGUAAUGAAAUGAUAAAAUGGUGUAAAAAUAAUAAAUAUAAAUGCUCACUCAGAUCUAUAAAGAA